AUGUGGAAGGAUGAGUUUGAGUAAGAGAAAAACACGGUGAGAGGAAUACUUUUCCCAGUGUAAUUUUUAAAAACCAGUUGAACAUUUGAACUAGUUGCUUGGUGUGUGUGUAAAUAUCAGUUAUAUUUUACGAGUUUAUAUAAUUAAAACAAUUUAUUCCGACUUUGAGUAGAUAGAAGGUAGAGAUGUAGUAAAAUGAGAUUACAUUUUCAACAAUACUGUGAAAGCUAAAAUAUCGAACUUCUUCACUUCACCUGUUGUUUAGAAAUUCAUUUGGUGCAACAGCACCCCCUUUCAUUGAUUACCUGAAGGACAUCCUGCGGAGGUACCCUGAUGGAGGACAGAUAUUAAAGGUGAGUUUGAUCAAUCAAUCAAUUAAUCAUGUAGUCAUCUGAUCACUGUGGAAAAGGCGUCUGCUAAAUCACCAAAAUGUAAACCUAAAGUAAAUAUCAUCACAGCCACUACAUUUAAAGGAGAAGUGUGAGCAUCUUGUUUUGUAUAAAUUGGCCAUAGACCAAUUUACUAUGUAAACGUUAGUUAAAGGCACCUAUGAAAACAUCCCUAUCCUUAUCUGUGCUGUGACUAUAGGAGCUGAUCCAGAAUGCGGAUGAUGCUGGGGCGUCGGAGGUGGUGUUCCUCCAUGAUGAGAGAUGCUACGGCAGACAGAGCCUCAAGACUGAAGGCCUGGGGAAGUACCAAGGUAUGGUUGUUUCAUAUUUGUGAAGAUUGAAAAUAAAUAACAUUGAUGUUUGACAGUGGGUUUAUGAAAGUGUUGUGAUUUCACUUUAAUAACCCCACAUUAGGCAGCAAAUGUAGAAAGGGCUUUCUACCACAACAUCAGAAAACCAGCAUAAAACAGAGGGCAACAUGCCCAGAUUAAUAUCAGGUGCAGAACUAAUUAGGAUCUUAAUCAUCAUGCUGGAAUGCAAAAAUACAAGUGGUCACAGUAUCAGGAAACAUGCUCUCUCUGGCUCAUGUAGUGCCACCAGCAAACGUGUGGCGAGCUGGCAUUUUCCCAAACACUUUUCAAUCUGGUGUGGCAGUGCCGCACCACUUUUGAUUUGGUUACAAAACAGAUAUUGAAGCAAAAGCGUUGAAAAGAGGGAUAAACUUUCACUGUUGUCCUGUUUGACAAUAUAUUCACCUGUAUUUACCACCCAAAAAUGAAAUGCUAAUUAGCUGCUAAUGUGGCUAUCAUAAAGAACUGCAAAUGCCAUGAUUAUCUGGAUAGACUGCCGAAUCGAGGCAAAGGUAAGAAUCUCUGGAUUAACUAUCUAAUGUUAGCUAAAUGUAGUAAUUAAUAAAUUGGCUACAUUUCUUUAAAUUGACAAUUCUGUGAACUGUCUUGUGCAAGUUUUAAAUUUAAACAAUACCUGUUAGCAAAUGUGUCAGCUAGAGAUGAGGUGCAGGAGCUUGCAGGGAUUUCUAGUUUUGCAUGAUGUCUACUUUGUGUAAUGGCGCCAGAGGGGCUGGCUGCCAUUUUACGGGCUUCAAACCAAUUGUGCUAUUCUGUGUGUUUUUUCGCGUUAUUGGUAACUUGUUUUCAACAUAAUGUUUCUGCCACCGUCUCUAAUGACCGAAAAGAGCUUCUGGACAUCAGAGAAGCGAUUACUCACCUCGGAUUGGACAAAGAUUAUUUAAAAAAAAAUUCUUUAACGAAUCAGAGGCAAACAUUUACGGCUCCUCCCGGACCAGGCCCAAAUCCCAGUCAUUCGCAUGAAGAGGAGAUGUUGAUACAGGGGGCGCAGAUCCGGGUGCUUGGUGAGAAUUCGUCGGCGAGUGCCUUUACCAUCCGUCCUACUGGCGAACGUGCAAUCAGUGGAGAAUAAACUGGAUGAGCUCCGUUCGAGACUACCCUACCAACGGGACAUAAAAAACUGUAAUAUCUUACGUUUCACAGAGUUGUGGCUGAACGAGGUCAUGGAUAAUAUACAGUUAGCUGGGUUUUCCGUGCAUCGGCAAGACAGAACAGCAACCUCGGUAAGACAAGGGGUGGUGGUAUAUGUCUAUUUGUUAACAACAGCUGGUGCGCGAUCUGUAAUAUUAAGGAAGUCUCGAGGUUUUGCUCGCCUGAGGUAGAUUACCUCAUGAUAAGCUGUAGACCACACUAUUUACCAAGAGUUUUCAACUAUAUUUUUCUUAGCUGUCUAUUUACCACAACAAACUGAUGCAGGCACUUAGACCGCACUCAACGAACUGUAUAAGGCUAUAAGCAAACAAGAGAAUGCUCACCCAGAAGCGGCGCUCCUAGUGGCCGGGGACUAAUACAGGAAAAUUUAAAUCCGUUUGACCUCAUUUCUACCAGCAUGUAACAUGUGCAACUAUAGGGGGAAAAAACUCUGGACCACCUUUACUACAUACACAGAGGCACGUACAAAGCUCACAUACUCCCUCCAUUUGGCAAAUCUGACCAUAAUUCUAUCCUCCUGAUUCCUGCGUACAAGCAAAAACUCAAGCAGGAAGUACCAGUGACUCGCUCAAUACGGAAGUGGUUUGAUGACGGGGAUGCUACGCUACAGGACUGUUUUGCUAGCACAGACUGGAAUAUUUUCCCGGGAUUCAUCCGAUGGCAUUGAGGAGUAUAUCUCAUCAGUCACCGGCUUCAUCAAUAAGCGCAUCGACGACGUCAUCCCCACAGUGACUGUACACGUACAUAUCCCAACCAGAAGCCAUGGAUUACAGGCAACAUCCGCACUGAGCUAAAGGCUAGAGCUGCCGCUUUCAAGGAGCGGGACAUUAAUCUGGAUACUUAUAAGAAAUCCCACUAUGCCCUCCGACGAACCAUCAAUCAGGCAAAGCGUCAAUACAGGACUAAGAUUGAAAACUACAAUCAAUCAAUCAAUCAAUCAAUCAAUUUUAUUUUAUAUAGCCCUUCUUACAUCAGCUAAUAUCUCGAAGUGCUGUACAGAAACCCAGCCUAAAACCCCAAACAGCUAGUAAUGCAGGUGUAGAAGCACGGUGGCUAGGAAAAACUCCCUAGAAAGGCGAAAACCUAGGAAGAAACCUAGAGAGGAACCAGGCUAUGAGGGGUGGCCAGUCCUCUUCUGGCUGUGCCGGGUGGAGAUUAUAACAGAACCAUGCCAAGAUGUUCAAAAAUGUUCAUAAGUGACAAGCAUGGUCAAAUAAUAAUCAGGAAUAAAUCUCAGUUGGCUUUUCAUAGCCGAUCAUUAAGAGUUUAAAACAGCAGGUCUGGGACAGGUAGGGGUUCCAUAACCGCAGGCAGAACAGUUGAAACUGGAAUAGCAGCAAGGCCAGGCGGACUGGGGACAGCAAGGAGUCACCACGGCCGGUAGUCCCGACGUAUGGUCCUAGGGCUCAGGUCUCUCAGUUGGCUUUUCAUAGCCGAUCAUUAAGAGUUGAAAACAGCAGGUCUGGGACAGGUAGGGGUUUCGUAGCCGCAGGCAGAACAGUUGAAACUGGAAUAGCAGCAAGGCCAGGCGGACUGGGGACAGCAAGGUGUCAUCAUGCCCGGUAGUCCUGACGUAUGGUCCUAGGGCUCAGGUUCUCAGAGAGAAAGAGAGAACGAGAGAAUUAGAGAGAGCAUACUUAAAUUCACACAGGACACUGGAUAAGACAGGAGAAGUACUCCAGGUAUAACCAACUAACCCCAGCCCCCCGACACAUAAACUACUGCAGCAUAAAUACUGGAGGCUGAGACAGGAGCGGUCCGGAGACACUGUGGCCCCAUCCGAAGAAACCCCCGGACAGGGCCAAACAGGAAGGAUAUAACCCCACCCACUCCGCCAAAGCACAGCCCCCGCACCACUAGAGGGAUAUCCCCAACCACCAACUUACAAUCCUGAGACAAGGCCGAGUAUAGCCCACAGAGGUCUCCACCACAGCACAAACCAAGGGGGGGGCGCCAACCCAGACAGGAAGAUCACGUCAGUAACUCAACCCACUCAAGUGACGCACCCCUCCCAGGGACGGCAUGAAAGAGCACCAGCAAGCCAGUGACUCAGCCCCUGCAACAGGGUUAGAGGCAGAGAACCCCAGUGGAGAGGGGAACCGGCCUGGCAGAGACAGCAAGGGCUGUUCGUUGCUCCAGCCUUUCCGUUCACCUUCACACUCCUGGGCCAGACUACACUCAAUCAUAUGACCUACUGAAGAGAUAAGUCUUCAGUAAAGACUUAAAGGUUGAGACCGAGUCUGCGUCUCUCACAUGGGUAGGCAGACUGUUCCAUAAAAAUGGAGAUCUAUAGGAGAAAGCCCUGCCUCCCGCUGUUUGCUUAGAAAUUCUAGGGACAAUUAGGAGGCCUGCAUCUUGUGACCGUAGCGUACGUAUUGGUAUGUACGGCAGGACCAACUCGGAAAGAUAGGUAGGAGCAAGCCCAUGUAACGCUUUAUAGGUUAACAGUAAAACCUUGAAAUCAGCCCUUGCCUUAACAGGAAGCCAGUGUAGGGAAGCUAGCACUGGAGUAAUAUGAUCAAAUUUCUUGGUUCUAGUCAGGAUUCUAGCAGCCGUAUUUAGCACUAACUGAAGUUUAUUUAGUGCUUUAUCCGGGUAGCCGGAAAAUAGAGCAUUGCAGUAGUCUAACCUAGAAGUAACAAAUGCAUGGAUUAAUUUUUCUGCAUCAUUUUUGGACAGAAAAUUUCUGAUUUUUGCAAUGUUACGUAGAUGGAAAAAAGCUGUCCUUGAAACAGUCUUGAUAUGUUCGUCAAAAGAGAGAUCAGGGUCAAGAGUAACGCCGAGGUCCUUCACAGUUUUAUUUGAGACGACUUUACAACCAUCAAGAUGAAUUGUCAGAUUUAACAGAAGAUCUCUUUGUUUCUUGGGACCUAGAACAAGCAUCUCUGUUUUGUCCGAGUUUAAAAGUAAAAAGUUUUCAGCCAUCCACUUCCUUAUGUCUGAAACACAGGCUUCUAGCGAGGGCAAUUUUGGGGCUUCACCAUGUUUCAUUGAAAUGUACAGCUGUGUGUCAUCCGCAUAGCAGUGAAAGUUAACAUUAUGUUUUCGAAUAACAUCCCCAAGAGGUAAAAUAUAUAGUGAAAACAAUAGUGGUCCUAAAACGGAACCUUGAGGAACACCGAAAUGUACAGUUGAUUUGUCGGAGGACAGACCAUUCACAGAGACAAACUGAUAUCUUUCCGACAGGUAGGAUCUAAACCAGGCCAGAACUUGUCCGUGUAGACCAAUUUGGGUUUCCAGUCUCUCCAAAAGAAUGUGGUGAUCGAUGGUGUCAAAGGCAGCACUAAGGUCUAGUAGCACGAGGACAGAUGCAGAGCCUCGGUCUGACGCCAUUAAAAGGUCAUUUACCACCUUCACAAGUGCAGUCUCAGUGCUAUGAUGGGGUCUAAAACCAGACUGAAGCAUUUCGUAUACAUUGUUUGUCUUCAGAAAGGCAGUGAGUUGCUGCGCAACAGCUUUUUCUAAAAUUUUUGAGAGGAAUGGAAGAUUCGAUAUAGGCCGAUAGUUUUUUAUAUUUUCCGGGUCAAGGUUUGGCUUUUUCAAGAGAGGCUUUAUCACUGCCACUUUUAGUGAGUUUGGUACACAUCCGGUGGAUAGAGAGCUGUUUAUUAUGUUCAACAUAGGAGGGCCAAGCACAGGAAACAGCUCCUUCAGCAGUUUAGUAGGAAUAGGAUCCAGUAUGCAGCUUGAAGGUUUAGAGGCCAUGAUUAUUUUCAUCAUUGUGUCAAGAGAUAUAGUACUAAAACACUUAAGUGUCUCUCCCGAUCCCAGGCCCUCGCAGAGCUGUGCAGAUCCAGGACAGCUAAGCCCUGGAGGAAUACGCAGAUUCAAAGAGGAGUCCGUAAUUUGCUUUCUAAUGGUCAUGAUCUUUUCCUCAAAGAAGUUCAUGAAUUUAUCACUGCUGAAGUGAAAGCCAUCCUCUCUUGGGGAAUGCUGCUUUUUAGUUAGCUUUGCAACAGUAUCAAAAAGAAAUUUUGGAUUGUUCUUAUUUUCCUCGAUUAAGUUGGAAAAGUAGGAUGAUCGAGCAGCAGUGAGGGCUCUUCGGUACUGCACGGUACUGUCUUUCCAAGCUAGUCGGAAGACUUCCAGUUUGGUGUGGCGCCAUUUCCGUUCCAAUUUCCUGGAAGCUUGCUUCAAAGCUCGGGUAUUUUCUGUAUACCAGGGAGCUAGUUUCUUAUGACAAAUGUUUUUCGUUUUUAGGGGUGCAACUGCAUCUAGGGUAUUGCGCAAGGUUAAAUUGAGUUCCUCAGUUAAGUGGUUAACUGAUUUUUGUCCUCUGACGUCCUUGGGUAGGCAGAAGGAGUCUGGAAGGGCAUCAAUGAAUUUUUGUGUUGUUUGAGAAUUUAUAGCACGACUUUUGAUGCUCCUUGGUUGGGGUCUGAGCAGAUUAUUUGUUGCGAUUGCAAAUGUAAUAAAAUGGUGGUCCGAUAGUCCAGGAUUUUGUGGAAAAACAUUAAGAUCUACAACAUUUAUUCCAUGGGACAAAACUAGGUCCAGAGUAUGACUGUGGCAGUGAGUAGGUCCAGAGACAUGUUGGACAAAACCCACUGAGUCGAUAAUGGCUCCGAAAGACUUUUGGAGUGGGUCUGUGGACUUCUCCAUGUGAAUAUUAAAAUCACCAAAAAUUAGAAUAUGAUCUGCUAUGACUACAAGGUCUGAUAGGAACUCAGGAAACUCAGAGAGGAACGCUGUAUAUGGCCCAGGAGGCCUGUAAACAGUAGCUAUAAAAAGUGAUUGAGUAGGCUGCAUAGAUUUCAUGACUAGAAGCUCAAAAGAUGAAAACGCCAUUUUUUUUUUUGUAAAUUGAAAUUUGCUAUCGUAAAUGUUAGCAACACCUCCGCCUUUGCGGGAUGCACGGGGAAUAUGGUCACUAGUGUAACCAGGAGGUGAGGCCUCAUUUAACACAGCAAAUUCAUCAGGCUUAAGCCAUGUUUCAGUCAGGCCAAUCACAUCAAGAUUAUGAUCAGUGAUUAGUUCAUUGACUAUGACUGCCUUUGAAGUGAGGGAUCUAACAUUAAGUAACCCUAUUUUGAGAUGUGAGGUAUCACGAUCUCUUUCAAUAAUGGCAGGAAUGGAGGAGGUCUUUAUCCUAAUAAGAUUGCUAGGGUGAACACCGCCAUGUUUAGUUUUGCCCAACCUAGGUCGAGGCACAGACACAGUCUCAAUGGGUAUGGCUGAGCUGACUACACUGACUGUGCUAUUGGCAGACUCCACUAAGCUGGCAGGUUGGCUAACAGCCUGCUGCCUGGCCUGCACCCUAUUUCACUGUGGGGCUAGAGGAGUUAGAGCCCUAUCUAUGUUGGUAGAUAAGAGGAGAGCACCCCUCCAGCUAGGAUGGAGUCCGUCACUCCUCAGCAGGUCAGGCUUGGUCCUGUUUGUGGGUGAGUCCCAGAAAGAGGGCCAAUUAUCCACAAAUGUUAUCUUUUGGGAGGGGCAGAAAACAGUUUUCAACCAGCGAUUAAGUGCUGAGACUCUGCUGUAGAGCUCGUCACUUCCCCUAACUGGGAGGGGGCCAGAGACAAUUACUCGAUGCCGACACAUCUUUCUAGCUGAUUUACACGCUGAAGCUAUGUUGCACUUGGUGACCUCUGACUGUUUCAUCCUAACAUCGUUGGUGCCGACGUGGAUAACAAUAUCUCUAUACUCUCUACACUCGCCAGUUUUAGCUUUAGCCAGCACCAUCUUUAGAUUAGCCUUAACGUCGGUAGCCCUGCCCCCUGGUAAACAGUGUAUGAUCGCUGGGUGAUUCGUUUUAAGUCUAAUACUGCGGGUAAUGGAGUCGCCAAUGACUAGGGUUUUCAAUUUGUCAGAGCUAAUGGUGGGAGCCUUCGGCGUCUCAGACCCCGUAACGGGAGGAGUAGAGACUAGAGAAGACUCAGACUCAGACUCCGACUCGCUACAUAAUGGGGAAAACCGGUUGAAGGUUUCUGUCAGCUGAAUGAGCGACACCGGUUGAGCAUUCCAACAGUAUUUCCCUCCAGAAGCCAUGAGAAAGUUGUCCGGCUGCGGGGACUGUGCGGGGGGAUUUAUACUAACGUUACUGUCUGUACUUACUGGUGGCACAGACGCUGUUUCUUCCUUUCCUACACUGAGAUUACCCUUGCCUAACGAUUGCGUCUGAAGCUGGGCUUGUAGCACAGCUAUUCUCGCCGUAAGGCGAUCGUUCUCCUGUAUAUUAUGAGUACAGCGACUGCAAUUAGAAGACAUCAUGUUAAUGUUACUACUUAGCUUCGGCUGUUGAAGAUGUUGAUGAACCAUGUCCAGAUAAAGCGUCCGGAGUGAAAAAGUUGAAUAAGGGAAAAAAGUUGCGAUGGAAAAAAGGAAAAUAACGUAAAGUUGGCAGCUAAAACGCACAGGAAAAUGACUCUUCUGUCUCGGGAUAAACGUCCGGGGUGAAAAAGUUUAACGAAAAAAGAUGAGUGAGGACAAAACUAAAAAGUUGGUAAAUUUGUUGAACACAGAGAUUGAUUAAACGUUUAUUAAAAGUAAAACGUGAAUAGUUUGGCAGGUAGCCAAGUAGCAACAAACAGCACAGCACCAGCUCUGAUGCUCGUCGGUUGUGGCAGGGCUUGCAAAUUAUUACAGAUUACAAAGGGAAACCCAGCCGCGUGCUGCCCAGUGACGCAAGCCUACCAGACAAGCAAAAUGCCUUUUAUGCCUGAUUCGAGGCAAGCAACACUGAACCAUGCAUGAGAGCAACAGCAGUUCCGGACGACUGUGUGAUCACGCUCUCCAUAGCCGAUGUGAGUAAGACCUUUAAACAGGUCAACAUUCACAAGGCUGCAUGGCCAGACGGAUUACCAGGACGCUUACUCAGAGCAUGCACUGACCAACUGGCAAGUGUCUUCACUUACAUUUUCAACCUCUCCCUGACCCAGUAUGUAAUACCUACAUGUUUCAAGCAGACCACAAUAAUCUCUGUGCCCAAGAAUGCCAAGGUAACCUGUCUCAAAUGACUAUCGCCCUGUAGCACUCACAUCUGUAGCCAUGAAAUGCUUUGAAAGGCUGGUUAUGCCAGACACCCUGGACCGACUCCAAUUCGCAUACCACCCCAACAGAUCCACGCAAUCUCUAUUGCACUCCACACUGCCCUUUCCCACCUGGACAAAAGGAACACCUAUGUGAGAUUGCUGUUUGUUGACUACAGCUCAGCGUUCCACACCAUAGUGCCCACAAAGCUCAUCACUAAGCUAAGGACCCUGGGACUAAACACCUCCCUCCACAACUGGAUUCCUGACGGGCCGCACCCAGGUGGUAAGGGUAGGCAACAACUGUUCACCCACGACCGCGUGGCCACGCACGACUCCAACGCCAUCAUUAAGUUUGCCGACGACACAAUGGUGGUAGGCCUGAUCACUGACAACGAUGAGACAGCAUACAGGGAGGAGGUCAGAGACCUGGCAGUGUGGUGCCAGGACAACAACUUCUCCCUCAAUGUGAGCAAGACAAAAGAGCUGAUCGUGGACUACAGAAAAAGAAUGGGCCGAGCACGCCCCCAUUCAAAUCAACACAACUGUAGUGGAGCAGGUCGAGAGCUUCAAGUUCCUUGGCGUCCACAUCACUAACAAACUAUCAUGGUCCAAACUCACCAAGACAAUCAUGAAGAGGGCACGCCUACUCCCCCUCAGGAGACUGAAAAGAUUUGGCAUAGGUCUUCAGAUCCUCAAAAAGUUAUACAGCUGCACCAUCGAGAGCAUCCUGACUGGUUGCAUCUCCGCUUGGGAUGACAACUGCUCGGUAUCCGACUACACGGCGCUACAUAGGGUAGUGCUUACGGCCCAGUACAUCACUGGGGCCAAGCUUCUUGCCUUCCAGGACCUCUAUACCAGGCAGUGUAAGCGGAAGGCCCUAAAAUUGGUCUUGUCAAAGACACCAGCCAACGUAGUCAUAGACUGUUCUCUCUACUACCGCACGGCAAGCAUACUGGAGAGCCAAGUCUAGGUCCAAAAGGCUCCUGAACAGCUUCUACCCCCAAGCCAUAAGACUGCUAAACAGUUAAUCAAAUGGCUACCUGGACUAUUUGCAUUGACCCCCUUUUAUACGCUGCUGCUACUUGCUGUUUACUAUCUAUGCAUAGUCACUUUACCCCUACCUACAUAUUACCUCAAUUACCUCAACUAACCUGUACCCGCGCACAUUGACUCAGUACCAGUACCUCCUGUAUAUAGCCUCAUUAUUGUUAUUUAUUGUGUUACUUUUUUCUUACUUUAGUUUAUAUGUUAAUUUUUUUUAGCUAAUAUUUUCUUUCUUACUUAAAAACAAAAUCUGCAUUGUUGGCUAAAGGCUUGUAAGUAAGCAUUUCACGGUAAGGUCCACACCUGUUGUAUUCGGCGCAUGUGACAAAUACCAUUUUAUUUUAUUUUUGAAUCUGAGAGUAAAUAUAUUGAUAAAAGUCACCUUGUCCGAGAGACAUUUACAUGGUUAUCAAAACGUCACGCCAGGGUAAGCCUACACGAAACACAGCCCUUAUUUGAAGUGUUUCUAAAAUCCUCUAUGGGAAAAAUGGUGGGGAAAUGAUUGGAACCAUAUCCCUGUUUGACCGCUAGGUUUUAUGGGUAUAAUGACACCUCCACUGUGGGGCUAUAUGGCACUGCCAUAUGGCAAUGCUAAAACUGCCUUUUGGCCACUAGAGGCCUCUAUCAUUCUCUAUGGUUGUAGCCUACUACCACCAAGACAUGGAAAAGCAUACAGAGUUCAUAUGCAUAUGGAAUAAGUUAUGAUGAACAUAACCACCAUAAGUUAAGUUAUUAAAUAAGUUAACUGCACCGUGACGAGCUUCAUGCACAUUUCCAAUAAAUAUCGAGGGUAGGCUAGGCCCUAUCAAUGAAUGAUGCUGGUGACAUGAUGAUCGGUGCUUGGCUGACAAUUAAUACAAUAAAAUGAUCUUGUUUUUAUCAUAUCAUAUAUCUCAUCAUAUAACCUACCUUGUCCACUUUAUCAGCGAACUGUUGUCUAAUGACUCAAAUGUAAAUGUAUAGACCAUGCGCCAAAACCAGUUUGUGCAAGUAUGCUAUUUAUCAAAACCAUGUAGAGUUGAAAAUGUGAUGGAAACACAAACAUAUAUCUUUUUUAAAUGGUACAUGAAAACUUAAGUGCAAAAGUGCUAUGUCAUCAAGCACAUUUUUGCUAUGCAGAUUUGAGAAUAUCCGCAUGAAAAUCUGUCGCGAAUUGGAUGGAAACCUAGAUAAUGUUGAAUAUAAUUACAUUUAAACAUACUUUACCGGUUGUCUUUGCGGUUUGUCCUUCAGCUGCUCAAAAUGCACCAAGGUAAAGAUUGUUUUAUAUUGAAUAUUCAAGCUUGCCAUGACAAUGAAUGCAUGACAAUGGUAUAUUCUGAAUCAGGGGAGGAUGGAGAACAAUCCACAUGUAUUUAUUUUUAGAAAUUUUGAUUUUUUUUGAAAGAUUGAAAUCCCCAAAAUAUUUGUUUAUUUUGUAUUAAUAUUUAUUCAAGAGCACAUAAAGAACAUGUACCAUACAUAAACAACAUAUCUUUGCUGUCUUUACAAAGGAGCGUAAUUACAUUCACAUGUUAAGGGUACAUCUUGGCUGUAUAAAGCAAAUAUUUCAAGAGUCUGAAUAAGAAUACAAUUUGGAAAAAGCCACAGAAAAACAACAGAAACAAACAAAAACCCCAGAAAUGACAGAAUAAGACCAGUACGAUAUGUCAGGAACUCUGACCAAACACCUUCUUACCUAUUCUGUCUAUGUUGCAAGAUUGAUGUAAUUCUCUCCAUGUCAGCAAGUUCCCCGCAUAGACCUAACCACAUAUCUUUUGAGGGUGCAUGUUCAUUUUUCCAGCAUUUUGUUACACAUUUCCUUGCUGCUGCUAAAAGAUAAGCUAUCAAUUUAAGUGGAGAGGAUUGGAGUGUAUUCACAGGAACAAUACCUAGAAGGAGAUGACAUGGGUCUGGUUGAAUAAUAAUACCUGUGAUGUCCUGUAUAACACAGAUAAUUUCAGAUAAAAAAAGACAGGAUUUUCAGACAUUGCCUAAAUAUAUGUGAUGAAGUACCUAUUUGUCCACACUGCCUCCAACACAUAGCAGAUAUUUGUAAGGGUUAAAUGCUGGAAAUUAAAUGUAAUCCAAAAGCAUUGUCUAAAUCAAUAAAGGAUCAGCAAAUUUUAGGUUAAUAUUUUCAGUAACCUACACUUGGGUAGCCUAUAUGUAAUUGCCAUAGAACAACAUAAAAUAAAAAUAAAAAUAAAACAUCUUUACUCUAUAGCCUACUAAAAGAGAAAGUGGGAAUGAGGAAAGCAGGCUAUUCUGUUUUUUCCAGAUUAAAUAAUUACCUUAUCAUCCCGACAAACUGUAGGUCAAAGAUUGAUGAAUUAGUCCAGCAAUAAGCUCCCAAUUAUGAGCAUAAAUCCAGGUAGUUUCAAGUCCUUAAGAAGAAGGGGUCGCUUCAAUAGUCAAUGUGACUGGACAAUGUUCUGUGGUAGAUUUAGGCUACUUCUUGGGCCUUGAGUCCUUCUGUCUCUCACUCCUUCUGGGCCCAACAAUUUGCCACAUAGUCAGCAUAUUUUUUCAGACCUUGUCCUUGGGUCUGGAAGGUGGUGUAAUCCCAAUGGAGCGCAGGAAGGACUCGGCAUCAGGUACAGUAUCAAAGAUGUGGGUCUUGCUCUCAAGAGUGACGUGUAGCUUCGCAGGGAACAUCAGCAAGGAUGUGAUGUUUUUGGCUGCCAAUUCUCUCUUGAUCCCGUCAUAAUCUUUUCUCUUCCGCAACAGCUCUGCAGAAUAGUCAUUGAAGAUAGAUAUGCGCUUGUCCUUGUAGAAUAGUUGUCCCUUGGUUCUCGACAGCUGCAUUAUCUCCUGUUUCAUUUAGAAGUUGAGAAGGUGCAUGAUGAUAGCGCUGGGCCUCUGUGUGUCCUUCGCUCCGGGCCUACUCUGGGCUGCAGGUGCCGUUCUGUGGGCCCUCUCCAUGACCAAAGGUGUAGCAGCAUCGAUUUCCAAGACCUCCCUCAGCAUCUUGUCCACAAAUGUAGAAAUGUUCUGCCCCCUUUCUGCAUUGGUUUCAACCUCAAAGAUUUGAAUAAUAUUACGACGCGAAAAGUUUUCCAACAAGUCUCCCUUCUUUUACAAUUCCUCUACCUGGCCCAUCAGGUAGUUAAUAGCCUGGUCUUGUUGUAUUAGCUUUUCGUCAUGUUCCUCAUUUUUCUUUUCAAUGUGAGUCAUCCGUUUAUCAUUUUUCUCUAGAGUAGCCUUCAUGCCAUCGAUAGAGGUUUGCAUUUUGCAGAGUGAGGUGGCUGUUUCUCAUCAAAAUAACUUCAGUUUUGCCAUGAGAGAUGAACCUCCGCCGUCUCUGUUUUGGCUGUGAUGGCAGCCUCUACCACCUCGUGGAGUUGGGCUCGGUGAGCGACUUAAACACGGUGAACAUAGUGGAGUAUCUUCUCUUUGAUGCCGUCUUUCACUUGAAUACUUAUCCUUACUCAUUGCCAGUCUGAUUUAGAAGGUCAAAUAUGUACUUUUAACUUGUGAAGUUCAAUUUAGGCCAAAAUUGUCACAGAGCUUGAUCAGCACACAGCCUUUCCCCAGAACUCCAUGCAGGAUCCUCCCAAAAAAGAUUUUUAAUAACAAAUGAACACAAAAAAUGGUGUUUAUUGUUCUCCGUCCUCCUGAUUCAGAAUAUACAUUUUUCAUUGUCAUGGCAUGCUUGGUUCAAUAGCAAUUGACCAGAGAAAACCGAAUAUCCAAUAUAAAACGAACUAUACCUCGGUGCCAAACCAAACCAUAUAGCUAUGUUCAGAUUCAGAUUCAAAUUUCGAGCAGCUGAAGGACAAACCGCACAGACAACCGGUAGAGUACGUUUAAAUGUCAUUUUAUUUAACAUUCCGGCUUGUAAGGAACAUUUACAUGAUUUGGCAGGCAUUAGCUUCAUGCGGUGUAUACUAAUGAAUUGUAUAUUACAGCCUGAUUAAUCAGACUACUGAUGUGUAUGAAUGUUGUCGUGUCUGUGAGCAGGUCCUGCGCUGUAUGCCUUCAACAACGCAGAGUUCACAGCAGAGGACUGGCAGGGAAUCCAGACCACCGGCCGGAGCGUCAAACGCAAAGACCCAAAUAAAGUUGGCAGGUUCGGGAUCGGAUUCAACUCUGUCUACCACAUAACAGGUGAACCUCAGAGUAUUAUUAUCACAACGAAAGAAUCAAACCAUGAACAUGCGCUAGCUAUAUCACAAGGUAUAUCACAGCACAUGGAUCUAUACUGUAAAUGUACUCAUACAUUAAGUUUUCAUUUCUCUUCAUAGACAGCUUUUCAUUAAAUUACAGCAUUUUAUUCACACUCAGUAAUAUGGAUCAUUUCUAGAUGUGCCAUCCAUAUUCAGUUCCAAGUACCUGGGCUUCCUGGACCCCCAAGAGAAGCUCUUUGGGGAGCGAACUGGAGGGUUCCGGUGGUCUCUGGAGGAAGAGGAAGACAAAGAAACUCUACUGAAUCUGCAGGAUCAGUUCCAACCAUUCAGAGAUGUUGUCAAGCUAGUCAGUAGCCAGAGGUGGAAGGAUAUCAUCCAAGAGGAGCAGCACUUUAAAGGGACACUCUUUAGGUUUCCUUUACGCAGUGAGGCCUCAGAGAUCUCAGACAACCUGUAUGACUCCGACAAAGUAGUUAAGCUUUUCGACAGCUUCAUUGCGGAUGCAGACAUAAGCACUCUGUUCCUGAGGAAUGUGUCAUCAGUCUCCUUGCAGCACAUCAACACAGAAGGAUCCGUUAAUGUCCGGCUUACAGUGACCUCAAGUCCCACAGUUAAUCCAGGACUGAAGACAAGGAACGAGUCAAACAUUGAUGGGUCAACCUGCUUCAAAACCAUCACCUCUACUUCCGAAGGCAAGAAGCAGACAAAGACCAAGUGGCUCGUGACAACAUGCUGCAUGAAAGAGGGAAAUGUUCCGGAGCUAGAUUCACUGGCCAAGAAGCUGAGUUUCCGCCCUCAAGUUGACUUGGCAUUCCGGUGUAGCCAGGAGAGUGUCCUGACUGAUGGCAGACUGAGCGUCUUCCUGCCCCUCCCAAACAAUGACUCCAACAAGACUGGCCUCCCGGUCCAUGUGAACGCCUGCUUCGGCCUCACUGACAACAGAAGACACAUCAAAUGGCAGGAGGAAGACCAGAAGUAUGAUGAAGCUGCGAUGUGGAAUGAGCUGCUGGUGAAGGAGGUCCUCCCUCACACAUACCUCCUGAUGCUGCAGGAUGCCACCAACCUAGCCAAGAGCUCCACACUCCCUGUCUCAUAUGUGUACAACAUCUGGCCAGAUCUCAGUCAGACCAAACACAAAGACAAGUGGCAUGGGAUUGCUGAAGACCUUCUACAACGUCUACUCAAACAGAAUACCGCCAUUUUCUCUCUAGCUGAAGACGAAAGACAGUUUGUUUCUCCCUCUGUGGCUGUGUGCCCAUCCAACGACACCAUGACGUCUGAAACAAUGGCUGCCGUGACCAGGGCCUUGAUUGCAGGUGGAGAAAAACUUGUCACCUUCCCAGAUCAUGUCUCCAGAGCUGUCCAGCUGGCCUUCCCAGACCCUGACACACUGAAAUGGGUGACUCCAGCUCUUGUAAGGGGUGUUCUCCGCAGGGGUGUUGUGUCGAAUCUCUCCAACAAUGACAAACUGUCUCUGCUGCAGUACAUCUUGAGCGAUGAGAAUUACCACGACCUCAGGGGUCUGAAGAUGCUGCCUCUCAGUGACGGGACUUUCAAGACAUUCACAAAUGAAGAGAAGGACAUCACUCUCAUUGACAAUGACGCAUUUCCAAGGUAAGUUCUUAAUUCUUAGUCAGGGAUGGAAAUUAAGCUAGACAGGGCUAAUAGAAAAUAUGCCCGAAAUGUGUCUUCGCAUGGCAUAGUUUUGGACCCUUCACUAGUGGAAUGUCAUCUGGGCUAUUAUAAAUUGCAGUCUUCUAUCCCGGCUGGCCCGUGCGCAAAAUCCUUAAAUUCCCUCCCUGUAUACAGUAUAGUAUUUUUCAUAUGGAUAAUCCAUGCCCUUUCUCCAUUAAGAAUUUACAAGAAAGUAUUCUCUUCAUACAGAGUAUUGCUGCCAGGUUGCAAAGACCUGUUUCUGCCUGAUGAUCUCAGCACCACUAGCAUCCAACAUUUGAAGCAACUAGCUGCAACAAGUAAGGGGAUAUAUUGUACAAUUAUGUUUAACAAUGAAAGGUUUUGGAUAUCAUGUAGAAUUGCAAAUACCUGCAUGUUUAUCACAUGGCUGUUAUUUUCAUAUCUCCAUCAUUUUAGAUACAUACAAAGUAUUCAAUGUGGAUGCUGAAAUUGUGGCUACAUUUGCCAAGAAGACUCUCCCAAAGGACUGGAAACAGACAGGAGGUCAUGUCACCUGGGAGAUAGGGAGUGGUCAGCACCCACCCUUGAAGUGGCUCAGAGAGUUCUGGAAAUGUCUCAACACUCACUGGGUAGAUCUGAGAUGUUUUGAAGGCAUGCCACUGAUACCCAUCGAACCGCUACACGAUACUAGCCAUUUUGUCAUACUUGCAAGACUACAACAGAAUCCAACCAUGAUUUUUCAGAAAAGCAAGCAAUCCAUCUUACCAGACAAAAUAGAGGAAGUCAUGAAGAAGGUUGGGGGAACAGUCAUUAACAGAGACAUAUGCCUAAAGCACCAAGAUCUUGACUCGUACGUACUACCACCAUCGCCUCAGAACACUCUACAGGUGUUCAUGAACUUAGCUGCCAGUCAGGUCAUCAGUGGAAUCAGGUCUGCUCCUUACCAUGAGAAAGAGGAACUCAAAGCCUACCUCUCUACUCUGGAUUCUGUCACAGUCCACGAGAGAGACCUGCUCUCAAAGAUGCCUCUCUUCCAAUCAAUGGCCGGAGAAUAUGUUCCCACACAAUCCAAGCAGGCAGUGGUUUUGGGUUCCACCCCAGCUCUCCCCACAGAGCUUCGCAUGCCGGAUUCCAUUGUCCGGUGUGCAACUGAGGCUGAUCGCAGGCUCCUAUUGUUGCUCAAGAUUGAUCUCCUGAAUACUGCUCAGGCGGCCAUUCAUUUGAUUGAUGGAGUUGAGAAUAAGUAUUUCAAGAAACAAGAAAGAGAGGGAAUCAUGACCUGGAUAUUGCAGCAUGGCAGUAUCCUCUUCUCACAGAAUGGGACCUUGUACAAAAAAUGUAAGGAUUUGAGCUUCAUCGAAGUAGAUGGAGAGCUGAAGACGACCUCCAAUAUUUUUGAUCCAAACAAUGAAACCUUCAAAGUCCUUUUUGAAAGAGAAUUCUUUCCUCCAGCAGUGUUCACAAAUACUCCAGAGAAGCUUGACAGCUUAACACGUCUUGGAUUGCAGACAAAGGAAACUGACGUGUCAGCAGACAACGUGUUGCAUGUUGCCACCCAUAUUGAGAAAUCACAUGUUCACUCACAAAAUACUUUCAAAAAAGCAGAAGCACUUCGAAGACUAUUGAAUGGCAAUGACCUGCUUUCCCAAUUCUCGCAUCAGCAGCUGCAGCACCUAUCACAGCUGCAGUGGGUCCCUUGUGAGAAUCCUUGCAUCAUGAAAGAAAAGAACAGAGGGAAAAGUUUCUACAUGCCGGAGGAGAUACGACAUUCAAAGUACGAGGGCAUUGUAGGGCAUGUCAUGCCUCUUACAGGAGACUUUAGUCAGAAAGUAAGCAGCAAACUGGGUCUGCUACGCCUACCUCCUGCUGAGAAGGUUGUGGAGAAUCUGUCAGCACUGGCAGCUGUGGCCAAGGCAAUGACAGAUCCAGAUAAAGACAUGCAGUUUAAAACCAAGCUGCAUAGCAUUUACAAAUACAUGCAAGAUCACAUCUGUGAGGUCAGGGAAGUGAUGAACAAGAGAUGCAUACCUUGGCUGUGGAUACACAAUCAUUUUGUUUUUCCUCAUGAUGUAGUCUUGGCCUACCCACCUGAUUUGGAUCUGAGCUCGUACAUUGAGAAAGUGCUAGACGAAUUUCUUCCAUACAAAAAGUUGCUGACAGAGUUUGGAGUGAAGACAUCACUCUCAGAGAAAGAAAUAGAGGACAUCCUUCAUGACAUCAAACAGACCAUUGAAAAAAGGCCCCAAUCUUUUGGCAAACCCUCAGAGCUGAAAGUGUCAAUUGCCAUUCUGAACUGGAUGUGGAGAGAGAAGAAGAGCGUCAGGGAUGAUAUCCCAGUGCCAGUCAUGGCAGGGAGUCAGAGAUUUACCCUGCAACCAUUGUCCAAAACGGUGUUUUGUGAUAUAAGCAGGGAUGGUCUGGAGGAUCUACAGAAUGACCAGGAGGAGAUUCAUGUCAUCCACGAGGAGAUUCCACCAGCGACGGCAGAGUGGCUGAACAUCCCUUUCCUCAGCACCCGGAUCCUGCGUCCAGAAUUCAUUGGAAUAGAACAAUGUGGGCAGUCAGAGCCCAUAACUCUGAGGAUUAAGAACAUUCUGAAGGAGUAUGACGAAGAAAAUGACAUCUUCAAAGAGCUCAUUCAGAAUGCAGAAGAUGCUGGGGCAAACACCUGUAAGUUCAUGGUGGAUUUCAGGGACCACAAAGACCCUGCUGACAGCCUCAUAGACCAAGGCAUGGUCCUCUGUCAGGGACCGUGUCUCUGGGCCUUCAAUAACCAGCUGUUCACUGAGGAUGACUGGAAAAACAUUGUCAAACUCGGAUCUGCCUCAAAGGAAAACAAGGUUGAAAAAAUAGGACAAUUUGGACUUGGAUUUAAUGCGGUGUACCAUGUGACUGAUAUUCCCUCAAUCCUCAGUGGCAACGAGCUUCUGAUACUUGAUCCAAAUGUUACACACCUGCAAAAGCACAUACAAAACAAAGCAAUUCCUGGAAUCAAGCUCAACUUAUCUCGGGAGCAGCUUCUGCACAGGUUUCCUGGUCAAUUCAGACCAUAUGAGCGGAUUUUUGAUUGCAAUCUUUCAAGAGACAGCACUCAGAAAUUCUACCCGGGCACGCUCAUUAAACUACCUUUCAGGACACGAGAGGAGGCUGUCAAGUCAGAAAUCAGCGGAAAUGUGUAUGACAGAGAUGACAUAGUGAAAUUUCUACAGGACCUGACAAACAACUCACAAACUCACCUCCUCUUUCUGAAGAACAUCAACAUGGUAUCUCUUCAAAACCUCCCGGGCGAUGCUUCCACUCCUCCUCAAGAUGACCAGAUAGAGAACCUCUUCACUUCCACCAGAAAGGUUGUGCACACAAUCACGAUUCCAGAGGACACUCCUUUAGGAAUAUUGCAGAAUGAUGCUCUGAAAUGUCUGAUGAAGCGUGAUGCGAAAUGCCAAGAGGUCAUUGACUGCCAUAGAGCCAACAUAGCUGAACUAACUCAACAACAUUGUGAUGGAUCUGAUGUCCAGUUCUGGCUCCUAUACAAUUGCUUUGGGACAAAGAAUUCUUUACAAAUGGUCCAGAGAGACAAUAAGCAGACCGUGCUCUCCUUGCCAAUCGGAGGUGUUGCUGUACCUUUAAAUAAAGAACCACAGACUGGGAAAUGGGUCCCUGGAGAAACCAACCUGGUUGGCCAGGCAUUCUGUUUCCUCCCUCUCUCUAUUGCCACAGGGCUGCCAGUGAACCUGAACGGAUCCUUUGCUGUGACCUCUAAUCGGAGAGGUCUGUGGGAGACUGGAGUGAAAUAUGACUGGAAUAGAGCUCUCCUGCAGGAUGCUGUUACAACCGCAUAUGUCACUACACUGCUAGUGUUGAAGAAGAUGUCAAGAAAUCAACACCUUCUACGUUACCAGUACUAUACCUUUUGGCCUAAUGGAGAGAACGUGAGCAAAUCCUUCAAACCCUUGGUUGAUGCAUUUUACUUGGUUGUCAGUCAGUACAUCUCUGGCAAACCUCUGGAGCUCUUCAGUGAUGGGGAAAACUGGUGCUCAAUGGACAAAGCCAGAUUUCUGCACCCAACUAUUCAAGAGGACAAAGCUGUUGGAGAGCUUGCAAUGAAGGUGUGUCAAAGCAAUUCAAACACAUCUUAUCUUGUUGUUCCUCUGCCUUUGUGGGUGAGACAGAGCUUUAUACAGACCGGUUUAGAUGAGAUUCUCCAGCAGAGAACAUUUGACUGGGAAGCAUUUUACCAAGAAGUGGUAUUCAACAACCUGAACACUAUGGACCAGAAGAGUAGGAAUGCUCUUGUGUUGCAUGCUAUUGACCUGAAGGACGAUGCCAUUGACAAUCUACUAAGGAGCUACCCAUGCAUUCCUACAAAGAAAAGUGGAAAACUCCAGUACAUCAAAAAACUUGUGAAUACAUCUGGAAAGGUGGCAUGCUUGUUUGAGCAAGAGGAAGGACGGUUCCUCGGGGGGACCAAAAAUGACUUUCAUUCCCCUAAAAGGAUUCAACGUCUGUCAGAACUGGGGAUGCUGAGUGACCAGCUCCCUUUGGAGGACAUCACAGAGAGAGCAGAGACCAUUGCCAACAUCUGGCAAAAAGACAAAGACAAAGCAUACAAGAAUCUUCAGUGCAUCCUGGAGUUGAUGAGGGACUCCUUAAAGGAUGACACCUCGCCUCACUGGGAGACUCUAAGAAACACAGUGUUCAUUCCAGCAUGUCCUCCAGUUAAUACAUACGCAGGGAAGGGUGGAGCAGUGAAGGAUGGAAUGGUCAGACUUCAAAAGCCCACUGACAUUUACAGUGACAGAUGUCGCCAUCUAGUUGACAUGACACAGUCUGUGGUAGACUCUUUAAAUCUGAAGAUACACAGUGACAAUGCAGUGCUACGCAUACUAGGAGUUUGUGAAAGCCCAUCACUUGAGACAGUGCUUCAGCAGUUACAAGAAGCAUCCAAGCACUCAGAAACAUGUGACAAACAGACGCUCUUCAACACAGCCCAUAAUUGCUACCACUUUUUGAAUAAAUGGCUGCAUGAUGAGAAGGAAUUGACUGUCAUUUUUGAGAGGGCACACUCAUUCCCCUUUAUCCUGGUUGAAGACAGGUUUGUAGAUGUAAAGUCUGUGGCAAAAAAUGAGAAAUUUGAUGCUAAACCAUAUCUUCAUGUUCUUCCAACUGCCUUCUCCAGUUUCAAGGAGCUCUGGAAAUGUCUAUGCAUCCAAAAGCAAUUCACACCAGAACAGUUCCAUGGUGUACUGCAGAAACUCAGCCAAGCCUACGGUAUCAGCCCACUUUCCAAUAAUGAUCUAGAAAUGUGUCUGACAAUAAUCCAAAGGGGAUUAUACGAGGCCAAAGAUGAAAACCAAGAUGACUGUCUCAUACCUGACGAAAGGGGUGUUUUGCAGCCAUCUAAACAGCUGUAUUUCAAUGACAGCCCCUGGAUGGAAGUGUCAGAAGAUGUCACUUUGUGCCAUAAAAAAAUAUCUCGUGCCAUUGCACUUCAUUUUGGGGUGAUCACAACAAGACACCACACACUGCUAAAGCAUUCAGUAGAUAACUUCUCACCAUUUGCUGAAGAGUUUGGACAACAUGAGAAACUGA